GGGGGGGGGGGGGGGGGGAGUAUCGACACUUGUUCACUGAAUAAUGCAAGAUGUUUAACAGCUGGACGAUAAAGAAUUUCACAGUUAAACUGUUUCCGAAUAUUGAUUUUAUCCGAUCGCGUCUUAACUAAAUAUAAUGUGGUGGAUUUAAGACGGACUGGUGUAUAUUGUACCCAUAAGGUUCACGAGAUAUAUUUAUGGCAGGUCGUUUGUGAACAAGUGAAAGCGAUCACCGGAUAUCUAUGCACAUUGGAAUGUGAAGGACUUUUCAUGGUGAAACAAGCUUGAAUGCGGAAUAUGGAAGCGAAUGUUUAACACAUGAACUUACGCGACUCAGUAAGAAAACAUGACGUUACCACCACCACAACGUGACUUUACAAAACAUGACGAACUGAGUGACGUCAAUAUCGUGGUGGAGGGAACAAUCCUUUACGUACACAGGCAAUAUUUAGCGGAGUGGUCAGGCGUAUGGCGGAAGUUAUUUAUAACUGACUGCCCGGAUGAUCUGACGUCAUCAAUAGAAAUAGUUCUUGAGGACAAAAAUCUCGAUGACGUUAUAGAACUUUUGCAGUGUAUUUAUUCAACACAGAAACCUAUUUCAGAAACAAACGUUACAUUCCUCCUUGAGUUCGCAGACGAAUUCGACAUGCCGAGCAUGCGCAGUCGUUGUGAAACAUUUCUGUGUGCACAAGACGCUUGCAUCGACAGUCUCAUUCUCGCUGAGAAGCAUGAUUUAAAGCAACUCUACAAACAGUGCGUAGACUUCGCUAAAACCCGAACUAUGGAGGAUCUUGAGCGCGACCCUCUUUGUAAAUGUCUGAGUGAACGGACGCUGAUUAAAAUAUACAAGGAAAAAGUGAACAUGAUGAGGGAUUACGCACAGGAUUUGAAAAAUGCCGAGACGAAAUUGGAAAGGAGGAAUGGUCAGUUGACAGAUGAGAAAGACGGAAUGAUUGAGAUGUUUAAGAACAUAAGUAAAAUAUGGGAUAUGCCAAACAAGAGGUGCUACAAACAUAUGACAGAAGUGACGUUCGAUUUCACGUGCCGGGACUGUAACGAGAAGAUACAGCGCGAGGUGCGCCGAAUGUGCCAUGACGCGCAGCACGUGCGCAGGUUUUUCAAAAUGAACAACAAAUAAGUGUAAAAGCAUAUGCGUAGUUGAAUAAUAGGGAUGUUAUGUGUUUACAAUUGAAAAAAACUACCAUUAUUGUAAACGGUUCAUACAAAUAAAAUGGAACUGUCAAAUUAAAAAUUCCUUUUAAAUCAUCUAUGCUAGCGCUACUCAAAAAUAGCAUUUUUCUAUAAAAAAAAAUCAAGUCAUGUUUUGUGUACAAAGGCAAUUUUUUGCAUACAAUAUAAAACGUAUCUACGUGUGAGAACCUAUUUGAUUAAACUCAAAUACAAAUGAAAGUUUC